UUGUACGUCAGUUUUACUCACUACAUAUACUAGCAUAUUAGUUGACAGUUUUUAAAACGAUUUAAUACCAGGUACGUUUAAUACCAAGACUGCAUGGUGCUUGGAGCAAAUGAGUUCACUAGUGCUUCAUCACUGGUGGUCAUCACUGCUGGUCAUCGUUGGUGGUCAUCACCUGUGGUCAUCACUGGUGGUUAUCAUUUGUGGUCAUCACUGCUGGUCAUCGUUGGUGGUCAUCACUGGUGGUCAUCGCUGGUGGUCAUCCAAAUGUCACGCCUAUUCGCAGGCUUACUCCUUCCCUGAUAGACGCGGGCUUACUGCGCGGAGGUUUCAAAAAUAAAUGUUUAUUGUUUACCACGUUUUGUUUACGUUCUCGAAAUAAAUGUUUUUAUUCAGUUUUGACGAUGUUUGUUUUAAAUGAAGCUUGAGGUUUACAGGGAGAUUGUCUCCAUAAUUCAUUCUUGCUGGACUAGAGAAUGUUUUAAAACAAUUUCAGCCAAAUUCUCAGGAGUCACAAAUGAUGCUUUGAUCAGUAUUUAUUCCCAAGAAUUUCAGAAAAAGAUAAAGAAAAAUCAUCACAAACACCACCAACCAGAUGUAGUUGAAUCAUACUAUAAAAGAUAUUUGGAGUUGAUACACAACAAUAAAAAUGAUUCCAUUCUUCUUUCAAUGGCCCAAGAGAUCGAUCUUUCACCCUGCAUACUGGCUCGAAUUAUCUUAGAGGAAUAUUUAUAUCGUAAAUAUUGUAAAGAGAGCCAUGUCCCAAAAGAUGUUAUUAGUCACAUGAUCAAAGACCCAUCUCUGAUACCUUGUGAAGAACUUUCCCAUGAAAUACAGCAGUGUGUUUUAAAGGAUGAAAAUUGUGGCCCUUUGGUUGACAAUAUCAAGCAUUCUAUUGGUAUCAAGUAUGAAAAUUUAUUAGAAGAAAAAUUAGCAGAAUGGAAAAUACCAUUCCUUGGAGAAAAAGACAUGAGAUGUCAGGGAUAUGAUAAAACUCCUGAUUUUAAAUUACAAGUUCCUAUUGCUGUAGAUGGUCAUGUGGUGAAUUGGAUUGAAUCCAAAGCAUCCUUUGGUGAUGAGUCCAGUCACAAGACAUACCUCAAAGAUCAGUUUUGGAGCUACUGGAAUAGGUUUGGUCCUGGUAUGGUUAUUUAUUGGUUUGGAUUUAUUGAUGAACUUGAUUGUAAUCGGGAUAAAGGAAUUAUACUUUGCAAUAGUUUUCCUUGCAACUUGGUAACAUUGACCAGCCUUGUUUGGAAGGAUGACUGCAAAAAGACCUGAACAACAUGGUUCUGUGUACUUGUGGAGUAUAUACAUACUGCAUAGCUCCUUCCGAUUGGGAGUUUUCGAGUCAAGCAGCCUCAGAAUAUGAUAUUGUUGGCUACCUCGUGACUACUGGCCCUCGCUU